UUUUUGAAAUUUCGCAUUUUUCAGUAGCGCUUUUUCGAAAAGGAGCAAAACAAGUGCAAUUAUGCAAACGAAUUGACAGCGAUACGAAAAACAGCUACCUAAACGCCUUGGAUGAUGUUGCUCGUGCAACACCUGUGUCUAAUGCAUCAAAUGAUACAGCUGUACAAUUGCGCAGGCUUGAUCAAUGGCGUUCAUUUGGUCGAAAGAAUUCAUUAAGUUUGCCUCCAGAAGGUCGAACUAUUGAUUUCAGUAAGGAAUUCGAGCAGCAGGAUAUGAAGUAUGACAGUACAGGGAUGUUCCACUGGUGUCCGGCAAGGACACUUGAAGAAUGUGUUUUGGAUCGGCAUCAGGCAGCAAUGACAGUACUCAAUGGGCAUGUGGUUGUCUGUUUAUUCGCCGAUCGUAAUUCACCUUUAAUUGGUCUUCGCAAUUUUGUCAUGCCUCUUCGUGCCUCAAAUUUUCAUUAUCAUGAACUUAAGCAUGUCGUUAUUGUUGGGGACGUGGAGUAUCUGAAAAGAGAAUGGAAAACUUUAUAUAAUCUGCCGAAGAUUUCCAUUUUAAAUGGAUCGCCAUUAUCACGAGCAGAUUUGCGCGCAGUAAAUAUAAAUUUGUGCGAUAUGUGUGUUAUUGUAUCAGCUCGUAUACCGAAUCCAAAUGAAGAUCCAACACUGGCCGACAAAGAAGCCAUUUUAGCAUCAUUGAACAUCAAGGCCAUGCAGUUUGAUGAUACUCUUGGUUUUUAUCCGUUACGGCAAACUGGAACCGUUUCUCCUCUUGGUAGUCCAUUGUCUUUACAAAAGAAAGGUGCACGAUUUGGUACCAAUGUACCGAUGAUUACUGAGCUCGUUAACGACUCCAAUGUACAAUUCUUGGAUCAGGAUGAUGAUGAUGAUCCAGACACCGAGCUCUACCUUACUCAACCUUUUGCUUGCGGCACUGCUUUCGCAAUAUCUGUAUUGGAUUCUCUGAUGAGCACCACUUAUUUCAACGAUUCUGCCUUAACGCUGAUUCGAACACUGGUAACAGGAGGCGCUACACCGGAAAUGGAGUUAAUAUUAGCAGAAGGCGCAGGAUUACGAGGCGGAUACAGCACACCGGAAACACUGAAUAAUCGGGAUCGAUGUAGAAUUUCACAACUGGCCCUACAAGACCGACCGUUCGAAGGAAUUACGACGGGUAGUUCCUACGGCCAAAUGUUUAGCAUCGCACUGAAAAGACAUGGACAACUCUGCAUCGGGCUGUACCGAUUACAUGACCAAGCGGCGGUCGAUUCUAAUAAACGAUAUGUCAUAACAAAUCCACCAGCCGAAUUACGACUAUUAUUAAGCGAUUAUGUUUAUGUGUUGGAACAAUUUGAUCCUGGUUUGGAAUACGAGCCAAGGAAAAACUUCCUAUGA